CUAAAUAAAGAUUUACAUUUCUAUAUAUGAUGUAAUGAUACAAAUAAGUUGGAAAUAACAAUACAAAAUACGAUGGGAAGACGCAAUAAUCGUAGAGAGGGUUUACAAAGAGAAGUGAGAUGCUUUGGAUAUUUUUGUUGCAGAAGUUGUGAUCAUGAGUGGACAAGUUCAUAUGUCUGGAAAAUGUCUGGAACGCUAAAGGUCCUAUAUAAACAACAGUGCAUGGAGUGUGAUGAAUUUAUGGGGCCAUACAGAACAACACCUCUUAUUUGUUCCGGUUGCGGAAUGGUGAAUUGCGAGUGUGAAGAGGACAAUUCUGAACCGAAAAAGCCGCACCUGUCAGAAUUAUGUGGAAGGUGUCAGUCAGGGAAAAAAUGUCAACUAUCACUAGAAAAAUGUGUCUUCCCUUGUUCUAGGCGUGGUGGAAGAAGAUAUCGCUAUUGAAGACAAAAUCUAAAACUCAUUUUUAAUAUGUUUGAACUGUUUAUUUGUUUCUUAUACAAUGUUAUAUAGAUAAAUUAAAAAUUUGUAAAUAAUCAAUCAAAUGAA